GUCCGAUCUAUCAGUUGUACUUCUCUAGGGUCAACUCUCCCAGUCAAACUACCUUCAAAGAGCGGUCAGAGAAAGGUUGUUGUGAGUGCCUGUUGAGACCACCCAUUAUACCAGGAUGGACUCAGAGAUUUUGAACAUAGAGGAGAUAGUGAUGGGACGGGGAUUACCAGAUCCAUCUCCGGAAGUUCCCCCUGAAAAGCCAACAGAACCAUACAAACCCAUCACUUUGAACGGACCUCCUGCACCCCCUGUUCAACCCUACCAGCAUGAAAAUCUGCAGUGUUUCCAGUGCUUCAUCACCUUCUGCAGUGCCAAAGCCAAGGAAAGGCAUAUGAAGAAGAGCCACCGGGAAGAGUACAAGCAACAGCUUCAGCAGGGAAACACUCUGUUCACGUGCUAUGUGUGUGACCGCACAUUUCUGUCAUCUGAGGAACUGACACAGCACCAGCCAACACACAGCAAAGACGACAAGCCCUUCAAAUGCGUCCACUGCAAAGAGAGCUUUAAAACAUUCUCUGAACUCACGGCCCAUAGAAGACAGGUGUGUCCAGAGAGACAGUUGGUAUGUAAAGAUUGCAAUGAAACCUUCCGGAGUGCUGGACUGCUGCGUACUCAUCGCCUGACCCAACAUCCCCGCCCAGAUGUAGAGAUUGCAGAACAGCCAGAGGACCCUACAAAAACCCACCGUUGUAAGAAGUGUGGUCAGGGCUUUGAAACAGAAUCAGAGCUGGUAGCACACCAGGAGAAGUACCCUGAAGGUCAGCAGUGCAACGGCAGUGCUUCAUCCGUCAAGAAACGUGGAAGGCCUUCCAAAACUGAAGACCUGGCAGCUGCUGAGAAAAAAGGAAAGCGGAAAAAGAAGGAUGAGGCAGAAGCACCGGAGGAGGCAGUGAAGGCCAGCAGCACACCAGAGUCAGUGGCGGCACCUCCAGCAGAGGAAAAAGGAAAAGCAGGUGGAGCAAAGCGGGGCCGUCCUUCUAAAGCAGCAGCUAAAUCAGAAACAGAAGAGAAAAAGAGUCCCGAGGACGACGGUCAAGCUCCAGCAAAGGAGAAGAAACCUAAAGUCGAUCCUGCCACUUCUCGUCAGCACCCCUGUCCCGAAUGUGACCUUACAUUCCCUGGCCUGAUUCAGCUCCGCGCUCACAAGAAGGAGAAACACACCCCGCGGAAAGCCCAUCCCUGCGAAGAAUGUGAAGAGAGCUUUGCCCGUCCAGAGCAGCUGGACGCCCACAUGUCACGGGCUCACGCUGUCGGCCGCUUUGCCUGUCCAACCUGCGGGAAGAGCUUCGGUCGCGAGCGCACGUUGAAAGCUCACGAGAAAAGCCACCCGGAGGAGAAGCCUGACAACCCAAGUGCAAAGAGAUAAUUGAAACAUGGGGACCUUGUGGAAAGUGUAUGGUUUUUGAAGAUUUUAGUUAGGAAUUGUCCUUUUUCUUUUAACAUUGGAGCUCUGACGCUCCAGGUGACGGUUUCAGAUGAGCCUGGAAUGGUUUUGAGAAUGACGUUUUAGCAAGUUUUGGAUUUAAAGCUGAGUUGUGAUCAUGAGCUGUUGAAAUUUUGGACAAACAGACACUUCUCCUAAAUUGACUAACCAAAUGUUGUUAAAUCCAUUUAUUACACCCUUUGUCACAAACAUAGUUCAUUUGUAAAAACAUAAACUGUUUUGAUUAACUUUUUAAAUGAUUUGUUUGAGUUUUUUAAGCUUGAAAUGCGCGUGGUGUGAAUUUAUUACUCUGUGUUCUGAGUUGUUCGACCCACUUUGUGGUAAAAAAAAAAAAAAAUGUUUUCUCCUCUUGUUUUUAUUUUUUAUUUUUUAAACAGAUUGGGUAAGUACAUAUUAGAUGCCAGAUAGAGAUACUAUGUUUGAAUGUUUAGACAGUUUGUCAAAAGUAAUGUGUAAUGUACAGCUUCUGGUUCAUAUUUUUGCAUUUUUUACUCUUAAUAUUUUGAUUAUGUUCCUUGCUAAUUUAAAUUUCAUUGAAGAAGAAUCUUAAAAAACAUAAUUAAGUUCUGCUAAAAAUGUAUUUGGGCUAAGUGCUCCUCCUCAGUGUGGAGUGCUUGGCAUGUGGGCAGAAAUGGUCCACUAUAAUCCUGAUGUCCUGCGGUAAAAUUUACUCCUUUAUUUUUUUUCUCCCACUUAUUAGAAUAUUGUUUCAUGUCUUAGACAUUUCUUAAAUGGAACUCAUGGCUCUUUAAUGCCUUAGGGUCCCAUAAAGAACUGUGUAUAUCAUGUGUUAUUCACUGAUUGGAUUGUUUCUCUCCCCACUGCAAUGUGUCUGGACACUGCAAAAAUGUAAUAAAACAUGCUAUCCCAAGGGAGGCUGCUGAAGAA